AGACCAAAAGGGUCAUCUCAUAUCCAUAAUCAGCCGCUGUUUACAGCUCCUGGAAAUAAAUUCACUUCAUCAUGCCCGAUCGUGUCGUUCGCGUUGCCGUUACCCAAGCUGAGCCUGUCUGGCUUGACCUCCAGGCAACAAUAGAAAAGACCUGCAGGCUCAUAACAGAGGCAGCAUCGAAUAAUGCUCAACUUGUCGCCUUCCCUGAGACCUGGAUUCCAGGGUACCCUUGUUGGAUAUGGUCUCGACUCGUUGACUUCGACCUCAACGUUGCUUACAUCAAAAAUUCUCUCCGCGUGGACUCUCCAGAAAUGGAAAGGCUCCAAGCCUGCGCUCGUGAGGCUGGUAUUGCAGUCUCUUUGGGUUUCUCAGAGAAUAGCAACAACUCACUCUAUAUUUCUAAUGUUCUCAUUGGUUCUGAUGGCGAGAUCAAAGUCCAUCGACGAAAAAUGAAGCCAACUCACAUGGAACGCACCGUGUUCGGAGACGCUUCUGGUCAUUGCUUGCAGAGCGUGGCGCAGCUCCCAUUUGGGCGCGUUGGCUCAUUGUCAUGCUGGGAACAUAUCCAGCCACUGCUCAAAUACAACACCAUCACACAGAACGAAGAGAUUCAUGUCGCAGCAUGGCCUCCUCUGAAUUCAGAGGUUGGAGAUGAAAUCCCGUGGUCAAUGACCGCAGAAGGCUGCAAAACACUCUCACGCACCUAUGCCAUUGAAUCUGGAACAUUUGUGCUACACUGCACCGCUGUGAUUUCAGAAAGUGGAAUCAACUCUUUAGGAACGCUUGGUGGAGCUCUCAUGUCGACCCCAGGCGGAGGUCAUUCGACCAUCUUUGGCCCAGACGGCCGACGCAUAACAGAUCACAUCGAAGAGACGUCAGAGGGUAUUGUUUACGCAAAUUUGGACAUGGACGAAUUAGUGGUGAACAAGAUGUUUGCCGAUUGCACGGGUCACUAUAGCCGCCCAGACCUCCUCUGGUUGGGAGUCUCGCAGGAGAUUAAGCCGGUCGUUAGGCCGCAGCGGGCGGAAGUUGACAAAGGAACGAAUGAUCAAGUUGAGUAAUGAAGUAUAUUCUCAAUGAAUACAAUACUUGUUAGUACUUGUAUGUAAUGGGGGCAGCUAGUAGAUCAUGUGCCCAGUAUGCCAGAGCUUUAUAGUCUUGUCGCACGAUCCCGACACUACC